CCCCCACUCGGGAUCUAAACUACCGCCCCCGUGUCUGACGUCAGUACAGUGUCUGACGUCAGCUCUCACGGCUCCUGAUUGGUCACCGGCCUGGGUUCUUUGAACCCGUUGGCCCAGUGGUGGCUCUGCCCCUGUUUACCCUGAAGUAGAUGUGGGCUAUCAGGGACAAGUACAGACAGGACUCUGUUUCCCUCUGAAUCGAGGCUGCACACUCUGGCUUAGCCCAAGUUAGGUCCAGCUUUAAAAACUCUAUUUCCAGCGGCUUUUGGGGGGAAAAACCGAGGCUUUUUUAUGCCUCAAAGUGUCUCUGUGAUGUGUGGAGGGGCUUCUUUCCAAACUCGCACUUGAAAUCCACCCAGGUGUCAGCAAAGGAGAUUUGCAAGUGCAAGCACUGGGGGCGGAGAGAGGGGUUGUGGCAGACUGAUGCAAUUCUGUGGAGGGAGGGAGUCCUUUCAGCUCAUAUUUCUGUCAGGUUACCUUCUUCGAGCCAGGCUGCUGACAUAAUACACACACAGAUAUCCCUUCGGGUGGAGGCUAUUCCUCACAAACCCGUCUCAGCAGAGAAAGCUCUCUCUAGCCCCUGCAGGGGUGCUGUGCUGAGGUCACAAACUGGGAGCAAGUGAGACAUUGGCCACGGUUUCCCACAGAAGGCACCCUCAGCUCUGCUGAAUCACAGAAGCAUUUCUGGAUUCUGGUGUGGAUCCAGCUGUGGUACACAUGUCCCUGUCUGCAGAACUCUGCCCUUUGCUGCCAAAGAUCUUCCCCAGUGAUAUGAGGGAAACAAGCAUGUACAACCUUUGUUAGGGAUAAUUUGGGGAGGAGACAGAGGUGGUUCUAAUUCUCCAGUAUUUUUCUGCAAAGGUAGGGGUUUCUAUCCUGGGUAGAGACCCACAGCAACCCCGCAGAAGCAUCUCCAUUUUAGCCUGCAGAAUAAUUCUCACUGAGGGGGAAACCAAUAUUAUGCACCUUUUGCGGGUGUGAAGGCUACUCAAAAGUGGCAGGAAGGAUGUGGGUGUGUUUCUUACCAAUUGCCAGUGGUGUGGGCUAUGGAGAAGAACUCCCUUUCCUGAGUUGGGAAACUAGCUCCAAAUCAUUAACUGCCUGGGAAAAUAUACCAGUAUAAAUACUGAGGGAAAUCUGGUAACAUUUUACAAAUAUGCCUGCAGCUAAUAAUGGUGUUGGAUGGGCAGUACCAUACAAACUCCAAGAGAUGGCUCAGAAAGCAAGCUCCAGUUGCUUUUCCUCAACGUAAACUUGUUUGUCUUGUUUGAGAUCCUCUAAGGUGAUGACCUCGUCUAUUGGCUCCAUUCCCAGUUCUCUCUCUCCUCCCUUCUGAGUCUCUUUCCUUGCAAAAGAAGCCUGCCUCUGUGCAUUCUCUAUGGGUCUGGAAUGGAAACUACCAGCAACAGAAGUCCGUGGAGGGGUUCCAAGGAGGAAAUCAUCACCCAGAGCUCCCUCCCUAUUAUGGCCACUCCCACCACGGGAGAAUGUGCUGGCAUCGCUUCGGAACGAAGAGUGUUGUCCAUCCUGUUGCAAGAGCUGAAAGAGCCUGAAGCGGACAUGGCUUUCUCAAGGGAUGACCCUGUGGAGAGGCUUCAGGAUGAGGUGUCGUGCUCCAUCUGCCUGGAGUACCUCAGGGGCCCAGUGACCAUUGACUGUGGCCACAACUUCUGCCACUCCUGCAUCUCCGACUAUUGUGAGCGAGGAGCUGGUUCUGUGACUGGUGUGGCUCUCUGCCCACAGUGCCGGGCUGGUUUUAUGCUAAGCAGCUCACGUCCCAACAAACAACUGGCCAACAUUGUGGAGGGCAUUGAGCGUCUGGCUCUGCAGCCCAGCAGAGGCCCCAGUGAGGCCUUGUGUGAGAGGCACGGCAAGAAGUUGCGCCUUUUCUGCCAAGACGAUGGGGAACCGAUUUGCCUGGUGUGCGACAAGUCACGAGAGCAUCGUUCACACAUAGUCCUGCCCAUUGAGGAGGCAGCUCAGGACUACAAGAUGAAACUUCAGGAAGCUGUAAAUCUCCUGAGGAAGGUACUGGGGGAAGCGACAAAGCUGGAAGUUCAAGAGGAGGAAAAAACAGCCCAAUGGAAGGAGAAAGUUAAGGAACGCCGAGCCCUCAUUGUGUCAGGGUUUGAGAGACGCCGCAGGGCAAUGGCCGAGGAGGAGCAGCUGCUUCUGAGGCAGCUUCACGAGGAAGAACAGGCAACCCUGAGGAAGCUGCAGAUGAACUGGGCAUUUCUGCUUGAGCAGUGCACAGGCCUGCAGGACUUGAUCUCUGAGAUGGAGCACAAAUGCCAGCAGCCAGCUGCCUCCUUACUCAAGGAUGUAAAACACACCUUGACCAGGAGCGAGGGGGUAUCACUGCAGGAACCACAGCCCAUCUCAAUGGAUCUUCAGGACUCUUAUGAUGUCCCUGGGUUGAUGGAGUCCCUCCAGAUAUAUAGAGUACCCGUGACCUUUGAUCUGAGCACAGCAAAUCCCUACCUGCUCCUCUCGGAGGACCUGCUCAGCGUACAAGUAGGCGAUCGGAGGCAAGAGGUGCCCAGGAGCCUGGCCCGCUUUGAGACCUGCACCUGCCUGCUCGGCUGUGAGCAGUUCACAUCUGGGAGACACUACUGGGAAGUGUGUGUGGAGAACAAGACCAGCUGGACGCUUGGGGUGUGCAGGGAAACUGUGAGCCGCCAUGGUAUCUUCACACCCUCACCGGCAACUGGGUUCUGGACGGUGUGGCUGAGGAAUGGUGAUGAGUAUGCAGCCCUCACCUCCCCUCUCACAGAACUCCUGCUGAAAGUGAGGCCAGAGACAAUAGGCAUCUUCCUGGACUACGAUGCGGGAGAAGUCUCCUUCUAUAAUGCGGAUAGUGGGUCCCACAUCUUUACUUUCUCUGACUCCUUCUCAGGACCCCUCCGGCCUUACUUCUACCCUGGGGUCCGGGCAGGAGGCCUCAACGAUGCUCCACUCAUCAUCCGAACAGCAACUGGCCAAACACCGGAAACAUCUUACUCUUCCUACUAGUGAGGCUUUCCCACAUUGUAAAAUUUGGAACUCACUGCCACUGGGUGGAGAUAAAGUUGUAUGCACUCAGGCACUGGAUAUGUUUGUGCAUAAUAGAUCAAAGAGAGGAAGACUUCGAGGAUGCUUUUCUGCAUAUGUGCAAGAUCUGACCGAUGAUCAGAUUUGAGGUCUGCAAGGGGUUUUCUUCCCAAAUGUGUAGGCUAAAGACUCUGGGAGCUGGGAGUACUCCCAACCUCUCUUUUAGGUACACAAAUUGCUUCUCUGAAAUGUGUGUCUUUGAUUUAUUUAUUUAUUUUUUAUUGUUAAAUUUAUAUACCGCCUUUCAUUAAAACAAUCCCAAGGCGGUUCACACAAAAAUUAAAACAAAACUAUGAAAUUACACAGUUAAAAUAUUAAACUAAAAUAUAAAAUCAUAGAUCUGACUAAAAAGAUUUAAAAUACAUGCAUAAAAUAACCACACAAAAUACAAAGAAGCAGCAGUAGAGACAAUCAUAUAAAACCCUGAGUAAAAAGCCAAGAUUUAACACAUUCUAAAAACUGUGAUGGAGACCAAGGAGUGAAUAGCCACCGGGCGAACAUUCCAGAGUCUGGGGGCAGCAACAGAGAAGGCCCUGUCCCACGUGCACAACAGCUGAGCCUCCCUCAUUGUCGGCACUCAGAGCAGAGCCCCCUCAGAUGACCUCGUCAAGCGGGCAGCAACCCUUGAGAGCAGGCGGUCCCUCAGGUAUCCAGGGCCCAAACCGCUAAGCGCUUUAAAGGUCAAAACCAGCACCUUGAAUUGGACCUGGAAACAAACUGGUAGCCAGUGCAGCUCUUUCAAAAUAAGUGUGAUGUGAUCCCAGCAGGCAGCUCCAGAUAAAACCCUAGCUGCCGCAUUUUGCAAUAGCUACAGUUUCUGGAGAUUCUUCAAUGGCAGCCCCACGUAGAGCAUGUUACAGUAAUCCAGCCAUGAUGUGUCUAAGGUGUGGGUAACUGUCAGGCCAGAUCUGCCUUCUUGAGAAAGGGACGCAGCUGGCGCACUAGCCAAAGCCCUGCAAAGGCACCCUUGGUCACUGCCUCUACCUUAGCUUUUAAAAGCAGAGUCGGGUCCAGCAAUACCCACAAGCUGCGUCCUUGCUCCUUCAAGGGGAGUGCAACCCCAUUCAGAACCGGUAAAAUCUCCUCAUCCCGACUGGCUUUCCUACUGACCAACAUUACCUCUGUCUUGUCUGGAUUCAGUCUAAGUUUAUUAGUCCACAUCCAACCCAUCACAGCCUCCAGCCCCUAAUUCAGGAUAUCCACUGCCUCCCUAGGAUCAGAUGACAAGGAGAGAUAGAGCUGAUAGGGAUGUGCAUGGAACCGGCUGGUUUGGUUCGAGUCCGAACUGGACUCGAACCUGACCAGCCCAGUUCGGUUCCACAUUCCCUUGAACACCCCCCCCCCCCACUCCAAAGCAGUACCUCUGAUUCCCAUACUUUAGAGGAGGUCGAGAAGGAUACCAUGGUUGAUGGUAUCGAAUGCCACCGAGAGGUCCAGCAGAACCAACAGGGACGCACUCCCCCUAUCUAGAUCCUGGAGUAGGUCAUCCACUAGAGCAACCAAGGCAGUUUCAGUCCCAUAUCCAGGGUAGAAGUGAGAUAGAAAGGGGUCUAGAUAAUCUGUAUCAUUCAAGACCCUCUGCAGCUGAGACACCACCACACGUUCUAUCACCUUGCCCCAAAAGGAAAGGAUAGAGACAGAUCUAUAGUUGUCUGGGUUGGAAGGAUCAAGGGAGGGCUUUUUAAAAAUAAUGCUCUUACCAUCGCCUCUUUGAGGCAUUACGGCAUCCUGUCCUCUGUUAAUGAAGCAUUAACGAUCACCUCCAACCAUCUGCCUGUACCCUCCUUGGCAGCUUUUAUUAGCCAUGAAGGGCAAGGGUCAAGAGUGCACGAUGUCACCUGCACACUGCCCAGGAUUUUGUCCACAUCCUCAGGUUGCACCAACUGAAAAUAAUCCAAAAUAAUAGGACCAGAUGGCACCAGAGGCACGUCUGCCAGAACUGCCAGAACUCUGGAGUCCAAAUUGGCAUGGAUGGAAGUGACCAUAUUGGCAAAGUGGCAUGCAAGCUGAUCACAAUGGGCUGAUUUCUCCCCCAAUACCUGGGGAAGCAAUGUCUUUGCUACACAAAACAGCUCCACUGGUCUACAAUAGGUGCACACCUGAAUCUAUACAAUGAAGAAGUGCAGAUAAGACAAGUAGGCUCUAGAGCAGGGUUUCUCAACGUGUGGGUCCCCAGAUGUUAUUGGACUUCAGUUCCCAUAAUCCCCAGCCCCAGUGGCCUUUGGUUGGGAAUUAUGGGAGUUGAAGUCCAAUUACAUCUGGGGACCCACACGUUGAGAAUCCCUGCAGUCUAGAGGCAAAAUGAAUUGGGGUAGGGAGGAAUUCUCAUGCAAAGGGAUUCUCCUAGUUCACAUGCAGCUGCAAAAAUUUUGAUUCAUGUUACUUGGUUUGUCCUCCAGCACUACCAAUUGCAGAUACUGUUCAACUGGGGGAAUUAAAUUUUUUUAGACAGCAAAUAUUUUAACGUGCAGCUGGGCUCCUUUUAUGUAGUGCAAAAAAUGUUCAGUAGAAAUUACGUUGGGUUUAUCAAGUUUAAUAAGGAAGUUACUUAUUUUUUAAUUAAGAAAUGAGAAGGAGAAAAAGAAACAGAAAAUAAAGAUAAGUACUGUUUCCGUUCCAUCUUCAUAAUCAUAGUCUAGUCCAGCAUCGUGUUUCAAACAGUGGCCCACCAGAUGCCUCUGAGAAGCCCACAGGCAAGAGGUGAGGGCACGCCUUCUCUCCUGCCGUUGCUUCCCUGCAACUGGUAUUUAGAGGCAUCUUGCCUCUGAGGCUAGAGGUGGCCUAUAGUUAGCAGACUAGUAGCCAUUGAUAGACCACUCCUUGAUGAAUUUGUCGAAGCCCCUUUUAAAGCCAUCUAAGCUAAUGGCCAUCACCACAUCCCAUAAAAUUCCAUAGAUGAACUAUGUGCUAUGUAAAAAAGUACUUCCUAAAUUUCCUGGCCAUCAUUUUAAUGGGAUGAACCCUGGUUGUGAACCUAGGGUUGUGAGAGCGGGAGAAAAUUAUCUUUCUCUCCACAACAUGCAUAAUUGAAAACACUUCUAUUUUAUCUCCCCAGAAUUGCCUCUUUUCCAGUCUAAAAAAUCUAAGAUGUGGUAGCCUGGCCUCAUAAAGAAGGCACUCCAGGCCCCUGAUCAUCUUGGUUGCUCUCUUCUGCGCCUUUUCCAGUUCUACAAUGUCCUUCUUAAGAUAUGGUGACUUGUGACCCUGGUCAUGCAAAGGCACAUUGCGCAUGUGCAGCAGCCUUCAAAAUGGCCACUGCCAGUACACAGAGGCCCAGAACAGGCUGAAAACUGCCCAAACCGGGCCAUUUCAAGACCAGGCAGAGGCUGGUGAGGGGAGGAGGAGCCACUGGAGCAAACCCCCCCUGGCCGCAGCAGCGCCCCCUGGAGGUGGUGUGUCCUUUAAUUUAUUUAUUUUUAAAUUUUAACAUUGGAAGUCCCAAGCUGGCCAGUUUGUUGUCAAACCGGCUUGAAGUUGAGCUGGUUUGCACAUCCCUGGCUACUCCCUGUGGGAGCAAGAAAAUGUGCAACCUUAACAUCCAUUCUGCGGCAGCUUCACUGGCUACUGGUUUGUUUGAGACACAUUCAAAGUGUUGGUGUUAGUUGUGUAGGCCUUUAAAGGUUGAGGCCUGGGGUACCCAAAGACCAUUUGAACUCCUUUGAUCCUGCCUGGGCACCACAAGCCCUGCCCUGUGGCCCACUAUUAUCCCACAAGCCCUGCCUUCUGGCCCACCAUUAUCUCCAGCUUGUAUGAUGGUGAUGAGAGGAGGGGUUUUCUUAGUGGAGGUACCGUCCCUGCGGAACACCCUUUUGGGGAGAUCUGACAGGCUGAGCCUCUUACAACCAUAUUUGAAACAGCUUUCAGGGCUCUCCUCUUUGGGGAAGCCUUGGGCUUUUAGCUGGACCUCUUUUUAAAACUCUUUGCUUGGCUUUUAAUGUUUUAAUAACUUUUGGGUGGUUGUCUUUUUUUUAGUGAUCACCUAACUGUGGUGCUGUCUUUUUAGUUUAACAUGUAUUAUUUAUAUGACCGGAAGUCUAUUUUAAGCCACUUUGUGAAGCAUUGUACAUAAAAGAUGGGGUAUGUAUUUCUCAAAGAUAGAAUGAUCCAGGCACAAUAAAACAAGUUUAAGUUUCAAUGGGAAACUUGAGCACAUGCUUCACUCUCACAUUGAAAUCAAUGAGAAUUAAAAAUGCUUAAAUGUGUUUGGACCAUCUAUCUACUUCAGGCCUGCUCAACCUCAACCCUCCUGCAGAUGUUGGCCUACAACUCCCAUAAUCCCUGGCUAUUGGUCACUGUGGCUGGGGAUUAUGGGAGUUGUAGUCCAAAAAGAUCUGUGGGGUGGGGCUAGGUUGAGCAGGCCUGAUCUACUUAUUUGAACAUGUUUUGUAUCUCAUGUUAUGAAGUUUCCUUAACCUGUUCUUACAAUAAAUUGUCAUGGGUAGGCCAAGCUGAGAGACAUUGACUGGCUCUACAUUACCCAUUAAACUCCUAAAUCUCUAGUCUAAGUACAAUACUGGUACUCUGUUCAUAACACUAUACAGGUUCUCAGUUCUGGAUGAGUGCUGAAUUCUAAAUCUGUGCAAUUCCCCCUGUCCCUUUAAUUUUUAGCAGAAUCCAUGCCACUAGCCACCCCACUUGGGGGAAUUGUAAAGGUGCAGUGCAAACUCAUCUUCUGACUCACGUUGUUUGAUGCAAAUAAUUGUAGGGCAAGGGACAUGCUUCGGCAUGCAUUUAAGGGACUCCCUUCAGCAUGCAUUUACUUUAUGAGCUAGGCAAAUUCAUAUUCCAAAUCAAGUCAGUGCAAACUGCAGCAACAUCACAAGAGAUUCACAUCAACGUGGGUGUGGAGGAAGAAGAGACAAGGAUUAUUUGUAAUUUCUCCACGUGCCCCAAACCAACACACACAGCCCAACGAAAGCCUUGGUUAUUCUGUAUGAAUAACCUGUGAACAACCUUGCUACUAUGGAAUUUGGAACCAAUACUGUAAGAGGACUUGACAAGUUCAUAGGAAAUGAGUGAACCAGCACUUACUAGGAAGAGAAGGUAUGAUGUCCUUCUCCCUGGAGGAAGAUUUUCCUCAUUCUUUUCUCCUUCCUUCAUGCCAGGAAUGGAUCCUGCUAGGUCAGCAGUGACACAGUAUGGAAACUUUCCCCAGACAUUUCCAAAUACAUGAAUAAGCGUGGUGGGCCAAAAGCGUGAAAACCUUUGUCUUUCCAGCAGCCUUAUUUGUCAGGAGAGUGCAUCCACAAUGUUGCAAGGUGAUGGCUGUGCUUUGAUUUCAAAGAACUUAAGCAUGUUUGCUUGAGUAGGCAGGAUUAGGGCUUCUUUGUUAAUAGCAGUGCUAAAAUACAUUGGGUUAUGUCUUAUAUAAUCAUUGCUUAAUGGGAAAUUCCAAAUUGUCUAGCAUGAUGUAAUCCCUGCUAUAAAUCAACUGUGUGCAUGAAAAAAAGAUUGGAGGCCAUACUAUGCACCUCCAAGUGUGAAAUGAAUUAUUUUGACAGCA